CACCACCCACAUGACAGUGUUUUGGUUUUCUCAAUUUGAUCCCUGAUAACUCUGACCGCAACAACGAUCAAAUUCGCACAGUAGUUACACAAUGUUACAAACCUUUGUCCGACGAUUACAUUCCGCGCGAUGCUUACGAACUCGAUCCGACUCGAGUGUGAUAAAAAAUCUGCUCGACAAUUCAGCCACAUUCGAUGAUUUGAAAAACGAUUCGCCGGAAAAUGACUGGUCAACACUACCUUAUCCAGAAGGCUCAGUCAUUGCUGGGAACGAGAAGUACAUCAAAUCCGAACGGCCGAAACAGGACCCGCGAGAUGUGUCAAUCAUAUUAUUUCCGGGACAAGGUGCACAUCAUGUUGGAAUGUGCAAAAAUUUGAUGAAAUUUCCGGGUGCGAGGGACAUUUUUGCGUUGGCCAAUGAUGUGUUGAAAUACGAUUUACUAAAACUCUGCCUAGAAGGACCCAAAGAUAAAUUGGACAGGACGGAGUAUUGUCAACCGGCUAUAGUAGUCAGUUCACUGGCCGCACUAGAACGUCUCAAAGAAGAACGCCCCAAUGCUAUAGACAAUUGUGUUGCCACAGCUGGAUUUAGUUUAGGCGAAAUAACCGCCCUAAUAUUCGCCGGUGCCAUACCAUUCGAUAAAGGUCUGCGACUCGUACAAGUUCGAGCCGAGGCUAUGCAAUUAGCAGCCGAACAAGUGGCCAGUGGAAUGGCAACGGUCCUAUUCGGUCCCGAUACAGACCUAAAGGGUGCCUGCGCAAAAGCCGUGGACUGGUGUGUUAGUAAGGGAAUCGAAAAUCCGGAAUGUCGCGUGGCCAACUACUUGUAUCCGCAUUGCAAAGUGAUAGCGGGUAAUAUCGAAGCUUUGCAAUAUCUGGAAGUGAAUGCAAAACACUUAAAACUGCGACGUAUCAAACGGAUUCCGGUUAGUGGAGCAUUUCACACCGAAUUGAUGGCACCAGCAGUGGAACCGUUUACGAAAGCCUUGAAAAAGAUCUACAUUUCCGAACCAGUUAUUAAUGUGCACUCGUGUGUGGACGGACUGAAAUACAAAAACGUUGGUCACAUACUGAAACAGCUGCCGACACAGAUUGUAAGGCCAGUUAAAUGGGAGCAAAUGUUGCACGUACUUUACCAGCGAAAUGUCGACGAUCGGUUUCCUCGCACAUUCGAAUGUGGUCCCGGUCGCGGUCUGACAACCAUAUUGAAGCAAGUGAACGCCAAAGCUUGGGACAGCGCUUUCAACAUAGACACAUAGUGGUGCAUUUGAAAUUUGUCUUAGAUUUAUUUCAUUAAUUUUUACCGUUAAAUUACAUUGACUCUUACAAAA